AUGAGUACGCCUCUACCCUCCGGAUGGACAGAGCAUAAAGCUCCGAGUGGUAUUCCUUACUACUGGAAUGCUGAGCUGAAAAAAAGCACAUACAAAAGACCAGUAGCAGAGGAAGCCGCGCAAAAAGUUAUCGCUCCUGUUCGAGAGUCUGCUGAACAAAUUUCUGAACGAAAACGUGUCAGCAGAGAAGAAAGAAAGAAGCUGUUUGACCGACCAAAGUCCAAGAUACGCAUUCCUGAUUGCGAACCAUGGGUUCUGGUGACAACCAAAAGGAAAAGAACAUUUGUUCAUAAUACGGAGACAAAAGUGUCUUUGUGGACGGCCCCAAAACAGGUUCAGGAGAAAAUUGAUCUCAUGAAAAACAAAAAAGAAGCUCGCAGCACAAUAGCUAUUGAAGAAAGAGCAAGAGUUUCCGAGGAUGAAAACUCUCCUGCUGAAGAAGAGGAAUCCGAGAACGAUGUCCUGGAAGACGAACUCGAAGAAGAGGACCUUUCCAGUGAUGGUGAACCAGUCGAAUUUGGGUUUGAUGAAGAAGACAUUGCGUACCAAUUGAACGACAUAGUUCCAGAGACAAACGAACCGGAACUUUCAAAGGAGGAAGCUAUUUCUAUUUUCAAGCGUCUGUUGUCGGAAAAUCAUAUUGAUCCAUAUCAUCCUUGGGAUUUAGUAUACCCAAAGCUUGUUGGCGAUGAGCGUUACAGAGUCUUGUCUAGUGGUGAUGAACGACAAGAAGUGUUUAAUGAGUAUUGCAAAGAGGCAAUUGCUAAGAAAGCAAAACACAAGCCAAAGUCUGCAAUACAAAAGUUUUUUGAUUUUAUUCUGACUCUUCCUCAAAAUAUGUACUGGGUCGAAGUGAAACGGAAGUAUCGAAAAGAACCAACUCUGAAAGUUGCUGGUCGCUCGGACAGAGAAUUGGAACGGAUAUACCGUGAAUUUCAGCUCUGUAGAAAGCGAUCCAGCGAACAGCGAAUGUCGGAUUUUUUCAAACUUUGUCGCGUGAAUAACGUGCAAUUGCCUACCACCGAAGAUGAACUGCCUUCCACGAUAUUAAAUGAUGUCCGGUACGCAUCUCUAAUGCCCGAGGAGCGAAAACAAUGUUUACAACCCUCAUAA